AUGUCCAAUUCGAAUCUUUUCAGGCCUAUUGCCUUCGGAAAAGGAGUGCUUCAACACAAAAUAGUACUCUCGCCUAUGACGCGCUUCCGUGCGGACGAUAAUGGUGUACCGCUUCCUUACGUCAAGACCUACUACUCUCAGCGAGCAUGUCUUCCAGGAACCUUGCUAAUUACAGAAGCCGUGGCCAUCUCUCCGCGAGCCAAAGGAUUUCCUAAUGUUCCGGGUAUUUGGAGCCCCGAACAAAUAGCAAGUUGGAAAGAGGUUGUUGAUGCGGUGCACUCCAAAGGCUCUUACAUCUGGCUACAACUCUGGGCAACUGGACGAGCUGCUGAUAUGGACACCCUGAAAGCCAAUGGGCUCGAACUUGUGUCUAGCAGCGCCACGCCAGUUGGUCCAGACGAGCCGACGCCACGGGCUCUCACCGAGGACGAGAUCACAUCAUACAUCGCUGAUUAUGUACAAGGAGCCAAGAAUGCAGUAUUUGGCGCAGGAUUCGAUGGGGUUGAGAUCCACGGCGCCAAUGGAUUCCUCAUCGACCAGUUCCUCCAGUCUUCUUGUAACCAGCGCACGGAUGGUUGGGGCGGCAGCAUCGAGAACCGCUCGAGAUUUGGACUCGAAAUCACGAAGCAAGUCAUUGAUGCGGUUGGAAAGGACCGUGUCGGUAUGAAGCUGUCCACCUGGAGCACAUUCCAGGGAAUGGGCACAAUGGAAGAUCUGGUGCCUCAGUUCCAGCAUUUCCUCACACACCUUGCCGAGAUGGACAUUGCGUAUGUCCACCUCGCCAACUCGCGCUGGGUAGAAGAAGAAGACCCUACCAUCAAAACGCACCCGGACAUUCAUAAUGAGACUUUCGUGCGCAUGUGGGGGGACAAGAAGCCAAUCUUGCUGGCGGGCGGCUACGACGCCGAUUCGGCUCAGCGCGUUGUGGAUGAGACGUACGCCAAACAGAACAAUGUCAUGGUAGUUUUUGGAAGACAUUAUAUCUCAAAUCCCGAUCUCCCAUUCCGGUUGAAGAUGGGCCUCGAUCUGGAGAAGUAUAAUCGGGACACGUUUUAUAUUCCGUUCUCGGACGAGGGAUACCUAGACUACCCAUACAGUGAGGAGUAUUUGGCUCAAGAACAGGGGGUAGCAGCAUAA